AUGAUGAAUAAAUUAUUUAAUUACUGCAUAUCACUUUGACUCAAGUCCAAGACAAAUUAUCCUUGCAAUAGUUUUCUAAUCUAUCUAUAUAAAAUCCCUACGACUGUUUUUAAUAAAACUUUAAUAAAAAAUCUUCAAAAUUUUUAAACUCAAAGGCACGGGAAACGAUGCUACACACAGCAAAGUAAACUACCUUCACCACGAAUGGUGACUACAACUGAGGCUAAGGCUAAGGCUAAGCUGAGGCUGAGGCUGAGGCCGGGGCUACACUACAUAUACAACACAAAGAAAAAUCAGUGUAACUAUGACAAAUGUACCCAUCACAACAACUAGUCCGCGUAAUGCCCCCUUCAAAACGAAGCAGACAAAACAAGUUGGAAACACAGGGGGCUACCCCCAUGCCUUGUUCAAACGUUGGCACGAUUAAAAAAAACUUCAUCAUCUUUUCUAUGUGUAUUGUAAGGAGAAAAAAAGGGAAAGAGUCUAAAGAGCUCAAUUCGGGCGCCUGCAAAGCUCAUGAAAAAAGGCGGCAUAUCCUUAUGCCUUCAUCCUUCAUCCGGUGCUCUUCAAGUGGUCAAUGUUUCGAUGACCCAGCCGGACACAACGUCAAACCAUCGUCCAUACAGUAUCACCAUUGGCAUUUGAGUAGCAGCAUUAGCGCUUGGUUGACUUUUUUUUCUCCCUCAGCAGGCCUAACUCCCUCGCACGCAGCCUAGGCUGGCUUUAUUUUCUCUCUCUCAAUACACUCACUAUACAGACAGUAAGGGUUUCUUUAAA